AUGCGGAAUUUCAAAUCCGUGCGUGCCCGUACCCGUCCUGCCACUCCAGACAAAGUAAGAUUGAGAUCGAGAUUGAAAUAUGACUCACGCGUUUCCGUGAUAUUUGGGCCAGGUGUGAUAUGGCAGAGUGGGCACGACUGGAGGCUUACACGGCGGUUCACCAUUCAGACGUUACGUGAUUUCGGCGUAGGGAAGACGUCUCUCGAAGAGAAGAUAUUCAGCGAGAUUGAUGCCGCCACCGAGUAUAUAAAGGCAACAGGCGCCAAGCCCUUUAACCCGCGACAGCUUACUUCCAUGAUGAUCACAAAUAUCAUUUAUGGAAUUGUCUUUGGAAAAAGGUUUGAUUUCGACGAAGCCGAUUUGCACAGCAUGAUAGAAAAGUUGGACCUUCUGUUCCGUCGGGGCGGAGUUGGAUCAGCCGAAGGUGGAUUUCCGGAGUGGCUGCUCAAAAUCGUUAAUAAAAAGGAGUUCGAUCAACGUCACAUUUACCAACAAAUCUCGGAUCACGAGUCCUCCUUCGAUGGCCAGCAUGUUCGAGACUUUGUCGACCUAUACCUAAAGGCGAAGACUGAGGAAAAGUCGGACAGUGGCGUGAACACAGCGGGGAACACGUAUCGCGUAAUAAUGGACCUGUUCGUGGCUGGGUCAGAGACGACGUCAAAUACGGUGAACUGGACUCUGCUUUACCUCCAGGAGUACCCGGAUUUGCAGAACAAGUGUCGAGAAGAGAUACAACAGGCGUGUGGCGGACGGAACGUACGCUGGACGGAUAGGGGGACUCUACCAUAUACGGAGGCCUUUCUACUUGAAGUACAGAGAGUAUCGAAUAUUGCGGAGUUUUCGUUGCCGCACACGAACCAAGUUCCGGUGACGCUCGGUGGCUACAAUAUCCCGGCUCAUUCCCUGAUACGAGCCAACUUGUACUCCGCCAACAUGGACCAGAAGUACUGGUCGGACCCGCACAUAUUUAACCCAGACCGGUUCCUCAAGAACGGCAAGACUUUCGGUCAUCCAGCCUUUAUGCCGUUCUCAACAGGUCCCCGUAUAUGUGCUGGCGAAUCUUUGGCCAAGAUGGAGAUGUUUAUGAUCACGACGAAUUUGGUACAGCGGUUUACGUUUGCACGUGGCGAUCCGAGCACCAAGCACAAUUUCGAGCCCAUCUUUGAACAAAUCACGUCUGCCCCCGAGCCUUACAUGGCUCGAGCCACGCCCAUAUGAGAGCAUAGCUCUGUGUUUUAGAGAAAGUGUUUGAUUGACUAUCGUUGUCAUCGUAUCACUAUCGACUCUAUUUGUAUUCAUUUAGGCAUAACACGUUGCCAUUCAUAUGCAUACGAUAGACUACUUGUUAUUGUCUAUUGUAUAAAACAAUUCUAUUUUUUUUUUCAAAAUCGUUUAUGUUUGUAUAGUACAAAUUGUAGU